CACGCUGGCUACGGGAGCUUGCUAGCUAGGGAGUAUAGUACUGGUAGUAGUAAGACCGACGACGUACUGGCGAACAUUUAAUUGCCAUCCAUCGAUCUCAACUGUGCCCCGACCAGUUCUAUAAAGUGUCGGUCUUCCUCUGCUGCACUCUGCCAUCUCCUCCCCUUGCAUUGCUUGCUCCAUGUGGAGUCACUUACUACUCCAUUGCACUAGCUACCCAAGCCAGUGAUCGGAUCCAUUCUAGCUGGUGGUCUGUAAACUAGCUAGCUAGCUAGCCAGACAAGUCGGUCGAUCGCUGGCCGGCAAUGGAGGCGGGGACGUGGGCGGUGGUGGUGGCGGCGGUGGCCGCGUACAUGGCGUGGUUCUGGCGGCUGUCGCGGGGGCUGAGCGGGCCGCGGGUGUGGCCGCUGCUCGGCAGCCUGCCGGGGCUGGUGCAGCACGCCGAGGACAUGCACGAGUGGAUCGCGGCCAACCUGCGCCGCGCGGGCGGCACGUACCAGACCUGCAUCUUCGCGGUGCCCGGGGUGGCGCGCCGCGGCGGGCUGGUCACCGUCACGUGCGACCCGCGCAACCUGGAGCACGUCCUCAAGGCCCGCUUCGACAACUACCCCAAGGGCCCAUUCUGGCACGCUGUCUUCCGGGACCUGCUCGGCGACGGCAUCUUCAACUCCGACGGCGACAUGUGGGUCGCGCAGCGCAAGACGGCCGCGCUCGAGUUCACCACGCGCACACUCCGGACGGCCAUGUCCCGUUGGGUGUCGCGCUCCAUCCACCUCAGGCUGCUGCCCAUCCUGGACGGGGCGGCCGCCGGCAUGGCGCACGUCGACCUCCAGGACCUCCUGCUCCGCCUCACCUUCGACAACAUCUGCGGCCUGGCGUUCGGCAAGGACCCCGAGACGCUCGCGCCGGGCCUGCCGGAGAAUGCGUUCGCCUCGGCGUUCGACCGCGCCACGGAGGCGACGUUGAACCGCUUCAUCUUCCCGGAGUGCCUGUGGCGGUGCAAGAAGUGGCUGGGCCUCGGUAUGGAGACCACGCUGGCCCGCAGCGUCGCGCACGUUGACCAGUACCUCGCCGCCGUCAUCAAGGCGCGCAAGCUCGAGCUCGCGGGCAACGGCAAGUGCGACACGGUGGCCACGCACGACGACCUGCUCUCCCGGUUCAUGCGCAAGGGCUCCUACUCGGACGAGUCGCUGCAGCACGUGGCGCUCAACUUCAUCCUCGCCGGCCGCGACACCUCCUCCGUUGCGCUCUCCUGGUUCUUCUGGCUCGUGUCCACCCACCCCGCCGUGGAGCGCAAGAUCGUGCGCGAGCUCUGCGCCGUGCUCGCCGUGUCCCGCGGCACCCACGACCCGGCAUUGUGGCUGGCAGCGCCCUUCACCUUCGAGGAGCUCGAUCGCCUGGUCUACCUCAAGGCGGCGCUCUCAGAGACCCUGCGCCUGUACCCCUCCGUCCCCGAGGACUCCAAGCACGUCGUCUCCGACGACCACCUCCCGGACGGCACGUUCGUCCCGGCAGGGUCGUCGGUGACGUACUCCAUAUACUCGGCGGGGCGCAUGAAGACGGUGUGGGGGGAGGACUGCCUUGAGUUCCGGCCGGAGCGGUGGCUGUCCGCCGACGGCACAAGGUUCGAGCCGCACGACUCGUACAGGUUCGUGGCGUUCAACGCCGGGCCGAGGAUCUGCCUCGGCAAGGACCUGGCCUACCUGCAGAUGAAGAACAUCGCCGGCAGCGUGCUCCUCCGCCACCGGCUGUCCGUCGCGCCGGGCCACCGUGUCGAGCAGAAGAUGUCGCUCACGCUCUUCAUGAAGCACGGGCUCCGGAUGGAGGUGCGCCCGCGCGACCUCGCUCCGGUCAUCGACGAGUUCCGUGGCUUGGACGUUGCAAGGCUGGCCACGGCGCCCUGCGCGUAGAAGAUCCGGAGACCUUCCGUGCACCAAGAUUCGUGCUGCCGCCGAGGACACGCUGGACAUUGCAUGUGUAGAUAUGGGUACAAGACAGUAAGUAAAUUAAAUGGGCUGGUGAGAACAAUCAAGUCGCUUCUUUCCGGAUUUGCCAUUCUGAUAAGGGAGAUCGGGAAAUUUUGCAAAAUGGCAAGAUCUAGCUGGACUUGGAUCUCAGCACAAGGGGUGGGAAAAAACACAGAGAAGCCAAACAGAGAGUGUGAGUAAUAAUUUGUGAUGUAUCCACGGUGGAGACCUCUACAGAUUUGUUCGAGGCAGUUCGUGUUGGUGACCGGCCAACUGUUCUACUAUAUUCUUUGAAACUUUCUUUCGUUUUUCAAGUCUAAUAUAUUCUAUUCUGUUCCUAGCUAGAGAGUUGUUUAAUUUGUUCCAAGAAACAUGUAAGUAAACGUCGUUGUA